ACUGGAAAAUCCUUCAUAGGCCUAGCCAAUUUGGGAGGAACUCAAGCAAGUAAUUUGCAAAUUGUGAUGGAUCUCACUGCCUGCACCGACCAUGGAGGAGGACACGAAAGGAAGGCCCAGACCCAGCUGCCACCAUGUCAAGCAAACGUGCCAAGGGAAAGACCACCAAGAAGCGUCCUCAGAGGGCCACCUCCAACGUCUUUGCCAUGUUCGAUCAGUCUCAGAUCCAGGAGUUCAAAGAGGCGUUCAACAUGAUAGACCAGAACAGAGACGGCUUCAUCGACAAGGAGGAUCUGCAUGACAUGCUGGCCUCUUUGGGUAAGAACCCCUCUGAUGAAUACCUGGAGGGGAUGAUGAGCGAAGCACCAGGGCCCAUCAACUUCACCAUGUUCCUCACCAUGUUUGGAGAGAGGUUGAAUGGAACGGACCCCGAGGACGUCAUCCGCAACGCCUUCGCCUGUUUUGACGAGGAGGGAUCUGGUGUGAUCCACGAGGACCAUCUGAGGGAGCUGCUGACCACCAUGGGCGAUCGCUUCACAGAUGAAGAGGUGGACGAGCUGUUCCGCGAGGCACCCAUCGACAAGAAGGGCAACUUCAACUACGCAGAGUUCACCCGCAUCCUCAAACACGGCGCCAAAGACAAGGACGAUGAGUAGAGGGAGGCUCCGACUGCCUCUGGGCCCCUGCACACACCGUGCAUCGCAAAUCAAUCCAGAGUUCCUACCUUUAUGGACCAUGUAGAGAAAUCUAUAAGAAUAGUAUAUAUUGAAGUCUUUUAUAAAAGUGGCCAUUGUGUUACAGCUUUUUUACUUGUAAGCAUGUUUAUGAAAUGUAGGAACUUGGGAUAAAUUUGGGAUCCAUAGAUAGAUUUUGCAAAACACCCUGUGUUUGCGUCUCAUAGCUACAAGUCUACUGCGACUUCAGCCACUUUGACUGCUGGUUGGACGAUUGAGAUGCAUCAAACAUCAUGUCCUAUGUGUGUGCGGGGUGUUUUUGGACUGUAAUAUUCAGGGCCACAUACAGUACCGGCAAUGUUUACCUCUUCCUGCCAAUUAGCUACCACACCUGCACAAGCACUGCGACAAGUAUCCAUACCUGUAAUAUUUGUAUCCCUGUAUGUUAAACAGGAAAAAAAAAAAAGAUUGUUCCGAUUGUUUUUUUUUAAAGCGGUGAGUGGUUGUAUUUGAUUAAAUGGAUUGUAAAGCUUGUAGUCUAAACUUUCUCCCAUCAGCUGGUUGUGUGUAAUUGUUGAAGGAUCAGGUAUGUUUGUGUUGUUGAAGGAAUUCCGUCUUGAAUGGUUGCUCAGGCAAAUAAAGUAAGUUUAUUCAAGCCGUUGACCGCAAAA